AUGGCCGUCUCUUCUUCUGAUAAAUUCGCUACCAAAGCUAUCCAUGCCGGUGCUCACACCGAUGUGCACGGCUCCGUCAUCGAACCAAUUUCGUUGUCAACCACUUUCAAACAGCACGCUCCCGCCCAGCCCGUGGGCCAGUACGAAUACUCGCGUUCGCAAAACCCUAACCGUAAGAACUUGGAAGACGCUGUCGCCGCUUUGGAAAAUGCCAAAUAUGGGCUAGCUUUCUCGUCAGGAUCGGCCACCACAGCCGUUAUAUUGCAAUCUUUGCCCCAAGGUUCGCACGCUGUGUCCAUUGGCGACGUGUACGGCGGUACCCACCGUUACUUCACCAAAGUGGCCAACGCCCACGGUGUCGAAACCACUUUCACCAACGAUUUGGUCAAAGAACUGCCUCAAUUGGUUCAAAAGAACACCAAACUCGUGUGGAUCGAAUCCCCCACAAACCCAACCCUAAAAGUCACCGACAUCGCUUUGGUCAGCGAAACCGUUCGUAAAAUCGACCCGGAAAUCUUGGUGGUCGUCGACAACACGUUCCUGUCGCCUUAUUUGUCAAACCCGCUCAAUUUCGGCGCUGAUGUCGUGGUUCAUUCCGCCACUAAAUACAUCAACGGUCAUUCCGACGUGGUGAUGGGCGUUUUGGCCACUAACAACGAAUCGUUGCACCAAAAACUACAAUUUUUGCAAAACGCCAUUGGUGCCAUUCCUUCGCCCUUCGACGCCUGGUUGGCCCACAGAGGUUUGAAGACCCUUCACUUGCGUGUCAGACAAGCUUGUUUGUCCGCCGCCAAGAUCGCGGAAUUUUUGGCAAACAGCAGCGCUGUGGAGUCUGUAAACUACCCUGGUCUUCCCACACAUCCCAACUACGAUGUGGUCAAGAAACAGCACCGCGAUGCUUUGGGCGGUGGUAUGAUCUCGUUCAGAAUCAAGGGCGGUGCCGAAGCUGCUGCCAAGUUCUCAUCAACCACUAGACUAUUCACACUUGCAGAAUCGCUUGGAGGUAUCGAAUCUCUAUUGGAAGUGCCAGCUGUGAUGACCCACGGUGGCAUCCCUCAGGCCCAAAGAGAAGCUAGCGGCGUCUUCGACAAUUUGAUCAGACUUUCCGUCGGUAUUGAAGACGUUGACGACUUGCUAGAUGACAUCAAGUCUGCCAUCGAAAAGGUCGCUGUUUGA